AUGUCCUCCGACAGUUCUGCUCCGUCGUUCUGGGACGUCGUCAUCUCGUCUGCUAGUCUUCGCUCCUCGACGCUUUCGUCGGCCACGGCGGCGGAGAUUCCUGCCGUGGCGGAAGAUAUCCCUGCGCCUGCGCCUCCCAGGAUCGUCCUUAUCCGCCCUCCUGCUUCUCGGCGGUGGGGUGCGGAGCAGCCUGGUCCAGAGGGGUGGGUGGAGUUCGUGUCGCGUGGCAAGUGUCGGCGUCGCCGGCGUGAAGCACGUCCUCCUCGUCGUAAAGUCCCUGCCGAUUUGGUGGGCAAGUGCUUCAACUGUUUGUCUGCCGGUCACACUGCCAUCUUGUGCCGUCAGAAACCCAGGUGCUUCCGCUGCUGUUCGCUGGGGCACAUGUCCUACGUGUGUCCCAUGAACUCGGCUGUUCCGGAGCGCACCUCGGUUUGGAAGCGCAUUGGGCUAGCAUUGUCGAGACCGGUGGCUCAUCUCCGCAACGGUUCUCCGGCGGGUGAGGUGUCUAAGGUCGCUGCGGCUAACCCGAUCGGCGGCACCAGUGCUGGGCGUGCCUCAGAUGCUGUCAUGCGUGUCUGGAGACGCAAAUCUCCAACCCAGUCCCCGGCUAAUUCCCCGGUUGUUUCUAGUCCCCGCAACGGCAUUCCGGCGGGUGUGGUGGAGGCCGAACUGGGUCAGGCUGCGCAUUCUACUGUCGGCGGUGCUGUGCCGCAGGGACCUGAGGCGGCGGCCAUGGAUGGUGGGGAGAGGCAAUCUCGUCGCCGUCGUCGACCCUGCUUCCGUCAACCUGCCGCCUCGUCCAUGGAUGCUGAUCCUGCGCCUUCGGUUUCUGCGUCAGUAGCUCCCCCUGAACCACUUGUCAUGCCCGUGCAGUCUCCCCCCUGCAUUAUUAGCUGGGAUGAUCGCAUGGCUAGGGCAGAAGAGGACCUCGCGUAUGCCGUGAUCGUGACUGUCUGUGGGGAGAAGCCCUUGGCCCCGGCUUGGGGGAUAGCGGAGGUUCUCGCUAUCCGUUUGGGUGUCGAGGCUGGCUCCCUGGUGCUUCGUCAAGCUUCCGACUCGAGUUAUCUGCUCGUCCUCCCCGAUAUUGGCCUCGUCGACCACCUGAUGGAUCAGCGACUGCCACCCCUGCGCUCACCUGCUUUCACCCUCCUGUGUAUGCGGUGGAGUCGGUUGGCCGGUGCAUCGGGGCGGUCCCUGCCAUGGCUGGUUGAUCUUGAGCUUCGGGUUGUGGAGGAGUUAAUGCUCCCCUGGACCGUUUCUGGUGCUCCUGGGCUAGCUGCCCAUGGGCCAGUGGACUCCUCACCUGGGCCAAACAUGGAUGAUGGGCUUGAUUUUGUUGGGGCUGAUGCUAAGGAUCACGGUGAGGCGACGGAGUUGCCGGCCUCACCUGGGCCGAACAAGGUUGAUGGGCUUGAUAUUGUUGGGGCUGUUGCUGAGGAUCACGGUGAGGCGACGGAGUUUCCGGCCUCACCGCGUUCACCUCUGUGUUUUUUCCCCGAGGAGGCGACGGUUUUGUCGGCCUCACCUCGGACGCCGCAUUCUUCAUCUCACAUUCCUGAUUUCAGUCUCCUGGUCACCCCACCGCUGCUUCCUCAACCCCAAGUGAAGCCGCUCCUGGUUUACUCUAGGUGCCGCUUCCACCACUCAAGGACCCCCGCGGGCGGGGGCGAGGCGGCGGGGGUGGUGGUUGCCGUUCCGCCUCCAACCUCCUCUACGGAGAUGGCCCCUGCCGUGGGCUCGAUGGUUGGGGGUGAGCAGGCAGUUGAUGCUGCUAAACCUCUGGCCUACUCUCUGGCUGAUGCGGAGGGCCCAUCCCCAGCGGCUGCAACGGUGCCCCAUCCGGCAGCUGCCCCGGCGGCCGCGACGGGGCUUCCUCCGACGGCUACAAUGGUGCCCCCUCCGGCGGCUGCGGGACUCCUUCCUUCGUGGACGGCUGCACCAGAUGCUCAGACUGCAUUCCUUGAUAAGAUAACUCGACGCACUUCGAGCCUGCUGCCCGGCCCCUCCGUCAGCAGACAUAGAGGCAUGUCUGUGCCACCCAGGGUCUGCCCCCGCCGUAGCCGUCGGCUUGCUGGUGUCGAGGCUGAAGUGAUCCCUGCAGACCUGGGGGGAAGACCAAGGAAGAAGGCGAUGAGGUCCCUCAACAUCAUUGAUGAGCAUGAAGGUUUGACUCAACAGGCCCAAGACAAGUAUUUCAAGCUGUUUGGGCAGCCACUCUCGGAUUCUCAUCUCCAGGCUCUGACUGCAUUGUUUAACUGGUCUCUCCCUGAAGAUUUGGAGUCUGGGAUUGAGGAGGUGCUGGAAACCAAGAUCACAGCCAUGUCUCAAAGGGUCAUUUUAUCUACCCUCGGGUCUGAUUUCACAGGACAGUUGUCUCUGCCAUCAACCGGGGCUAGUGGUGGUAUUCUUGUUGCUUGGAGGCGUCAUGUGGGAGUCUCUGGUGCUCAGAGGGUUGACAGAUUUAGUACGUCCAUUCAAUUCUCCGCGGAUAAUGGACACGCGUGGUGGCUGACCUGUGUUUAUGGACCGCAGGGGAAUGGGGAUAAAAUUCAGUUUCUACAGGAGCUUCGUGACAUCCGGGCUGCCUGUCCUGGGCCUUGGAUGAUAGCAGGGGAUUUCAAUUUGAUUUACAAAGAUGAGGAUAAGAAUAAUGCCAACUACAAUAGAGCUAUGAUGGGUCGGUUUAGGCGUUUCAUUAAUGAUAUGGCCCUCAAAGAAGUUCCCCUCCAUGGUCGCAAAUACACUUGGUCUAAUCAGCAAGACUCUCCUAUUCUGACUGGGAGGAUAAAUUCCCUAAUUGCUUGCUCCAAAGUUUGGCGUCAGAAGAUUCUGAUCACUGCCCUCUUCUGUUGGGGCUUCAGGAUAACAAAGUAG